UAAGCCCAUAGUGGGAGGGGUGGAACAUGGUAUAAAGCAGCAUGAGUGAGCUGAGUAAACAAUGCACCUGGAGCAGAAGAGGAGAAGCAGCAUGGCAGGGCUUCGGAUCCACUCAGUGCUGGUGACUGGGGCCAACCGGGGCAUCGGCCUGGGGCUGGUCCAGCACUUCCUGGGGAUGCCAACCCCCCCCCAGUGGGUCUUUGCAGCCUGUCGGGCCCCCACGGAGCAGCGGGCGCAGGAGCUGCAGCGUUUGGCCUCCAGGCACCGGAACCUGGUCAUCAUCCCGCUCGAAGUCACCGACCCUGCCAGCAUCAAAGCGGCUGCAGCCCAAGUCGGAGAGCGCUUGGGGGGCUCGGGGCUCACCCUCCUCAUCAACAAUGCAGGAAUGGCGAUAUUGAAUACACUUGAUAAGGAGACACUGGAGGACAUGACCCACGUUUACACCACCAACACGAUUGGGCCCUUGUUGAUGGGCCAGGCAUUCCUGCCCUUGCUGAAGAAGGCUGUCCAGGGCAGCCCAGGCUCACUGCUGAGCUGCAGCAGGGCAGCCAUCGUCAACAUGUCCAGCAGUGGAGGCUCCAUUGAGGAAGUCACUUUAUUUGAUAUGGCACAGAUUGUCUCGUACCGCUGUAGCAAGGCUGCUCUGAACAUGCUGACCAAGUGCCAGUCCUUGAGGUACAAGGAAGAUGGUGUCCUCUGUGUUGCUCUCCACCCUGGAUGGGUGCAAACUGACUUGGGGAACAUAGAGGACACAGGAUCACUUAAGCCAACCUUGACAGUGGAUGAGAGCGUGCGAGGGAUGCUAAAGGUGCUCUCCUCCCUCUCCGAGAAGGACACCGGCACCUUCCUCAGCUGGGAAGGGAAGGUCAUUCCCUGGUGAGAUGCCAGCCGGGAUCC